AUGCAGACUAAACACUUCUUCUCGGAUCCAACUCACCUGGUCAACUCGGCUCUACACUCACUCACUCUGACCAACCCUUCUCUUGCUUUUGACAAGCAGAAUAAGAUCAUCUACCGUCGACCGUCACAGGAUGCUUCUGAGCCCUCCAGAGUCUCCAUCAUCUCCGGCGGUGGCUCCGGUCACGAACCUGCCUUUGCCGGCUUCGUAGGCAAGGGAAUGCUUACGGCCUCGGUGGCAGGCACGAUAUUUGCCUCUCCGUCCGCCGAACAGGUCAGGAGAGCUCUUCUGCAGCGUGUUGAUGGCUCCAAGGGCGUUCUUGUCAUCGUCAUGAACUAUACAGGCGAUGUGUUGAAUUUUGGACUUGCUGCAGAAAAGGGCAAUGCUGCCGGUAUCAAGACGGAGUUCUUCGCAAUUAGUGACGACGUGGGUGUUGGCCGUGCAAAAGGUGGUAAGGUUGGUAGGAGAGGGAUCGGUGGUGGUGUCAUGGUGCUGAAGAUUGUUGGAGCUCUGGCUGAGACUGGUGCAUCUCUGGAAGAGGUUUAUGCUACUGCUCAGCUGGCCAACAGGAAUCUCGUGUCAGUUGGUUCUUCCCUGGAGCACGUCCAUGUCCCAGGCAGGGAUAUACCAGAUCCGAAUUCCGAAGACUUGGUUCCUCAUGGUGAAAUUGAAGUCGGGAUGGGCAUCCACAACGAACCUGGCUCGCACCGUAUGAAAGGGACUGCAGAGGAGAUGAUACAGACCAUGCUCAAGCAAAUGCUCGACCAAAACGACAAGGAACGUGCCUUCCUCAAAUAUGACUCCUCAGACCGUUUUGCCCUCUUGAUCAAUAAUUUAGGAGGCGUCAGCACGCUAGAAUUGUCAGGGCUCACUGCUGAGAUAACACUUCAGCUAGAGAGGGAUUACAAGAUCAAACCCGUCAGGAUCAUCCAAGGAAUGUUCCUGACGAGUCUUAACGGCAUGGGCUUCAGUGUCUCCUUGCUCCGUCUUGCAGACACCGGACUAGGAGCAGGCAAAUCCCUCCUUGAACUACUAGACGCUCCAUCAGAGGCAGUUGGCUGGGCUGCCCCUAUACGAACCUCGACAUGGGACAGUCAAUCAGCCAACCCCUCAGAGUCCGCAAACUCCCCUCGAGCCCUCAAACAGCCUUCCAACCUCAAACUCGAUCCUACCAUCCUCAAGAAAGUACUAUCAUUAGGCCUCGAGCGCGUCAUCAAAGCCGAGCCCCUCGUUACCCGCUACGACACCAUCGUCGGAGACGGUGACUGCGGCAUUGGGCUCCAGCGCGGUGCAGAAGCAAUCCUGAAGAGCCUCAACGACACAUCCGCACCUCUAACCCCCGACCUCCUCACCAGUCUCCACCGUAUCAUCGACGUGGUCGAAAACACCAUGGACGGCACCAGCGGCGCCAUCUACGCAAUCUUCCUCAACGCUUUAGCCCAUGGAUUACGUGAACAGGAUUCCUCGUCACCCGUUGAUGUGAACUCCAAAAUAUGGGCUAAUGCGUUACAGCACUCUCUCAAAGCGUUGGCGAAAUAUACACCUGCCCAACCUGGCGAUCGAACACUCAUGGAUGCCCUGUCGCCUUUUAUCAACACACUAGUUGAGACGGGCGAUAUUCGAAAGGCAGCCGAGGCCGCAAACCAGGGCACCGAGUCAACUAAGAGCAUGAAAGCCAGCCUUGGACGGGCAGUGUAUGUUGGGGGUGAAGAUGAGUGGGUGGGCAAGGUUCCUGACCCUGGUGCCUAUGGCCUUAGCGAAUUUUUGAAUGGGCUGGCUGAUGGUAUAUAA